AUGGUAGUUGGGGAGGCCAGCCCCCGGUCGUGGACCGAGGUUGAUAGCUGGCCUCCUGACAGGAUCAGCUCCCUGUCGUGGACCGAGGUUGAUAGCUGGCCUCCUGACAGGAUCAGCUCCCAGUCUUGGACUGAGGUUGAUAGCUGGCCUCCUGACAGGAUCAGCACCCAGUCCUGGACCGGUGUUCAGCUGGCCUACCGUGGCAGUCAUGGGAAUGACAUUACUCCAACAACAGAUAAGGUGUUUGGGUUGGAGGGUGAUGUCAUAAAGCUGUCCUGUAACUACUCCUCUGCUAGUAAUCUCCAGUGGUAUCGACAGUACCCUGGAUCAUCUCCCAUCUUCCUCCUCCUCACUGGAGUCACAUCAAACCCCUCUGUAGUGAACGCAUAUAACCUCAGCUACAAUAUGAUGGUUCUCUACACAGUUAUUUUACUUUCUGCUCUGACAGGUGUCAGUUGUGAUGACCUCACUCCACUCAAGAAAGAGUUCUGUUUAGAGGGAACCCCUGUUACCCUGUCUUACAACUACUCCAGAACAGCUACUGGUGACAGUUUUCAGCAGACCAUCCAGCCAAACCAACAUGAAGUGUAUGGAGAGGAGGGUAGUAAUGUUCAGCUUUCCUGCAACUACUCCUCAGCAUACAGUGUACUGUGGUAUAAACAGUAUCCAGGAUCAGCUCCCCAAUUCCUCCUCUUCAUCCACCAUGCCUCUAGGACUGUAGUGAGAGCUAAACCUCCAUACCCUCACCUCACUGUUAAACUGAACAAAGAUAAGAACUGUGUAGAUCUGGAGAUCUCCUCUGUUGAAGUGAGAGACUCAGCUCUGUACUACUCAGAUGGUGCUUUUCUACACAUCCUGCCAUCUACAAUGUUGUUCUGUUCACUUUUACUGUUCUUUGACUUGAUAGGUCUCAGUUCUGAACAGGUAUUAACACCCUAUACUGAUGUAGAAGUGGCUUCAGAAAGGGACAGAGUUUCUCUCUCUUGUAACUACACCUCUUCUGGUGACAAUCUUCUAUGGUAUCGGCAACAUCCCAAAUCAGCACCACAGUUAGUGGUUAUGGAGUAUGUGGAUUAUACACCAGGGUUCACCCUAAAUCAUGAUAAAAAGGCCAAACGUGUGGAUCUGGAGAUCUCCUCUGCUGAGGUGACAGACUCUGCUCUGUACUACUGUGCUCUGAGGCCCACAAUUGCAAAGGUGAAGAGUCUGUUGACCAGCAGAGUGGACAUGUUACUGCCCUUGAGGGAUGACUGGUGA